UGUCCUUUGCCUUGCAUGAAUGGCGGGCAGUGCACAUCUGGCAACCACUGUCUGUGCCCGCCAGAAUUCACCGGCCGCUUCUGCCAGGUGCCCGUGAACCGCCAGGGGCAGCAGGCGCGGGCCCCUAGCGAUGGGGCCCCCGCGGAGACGGGCUCCAGCAAGCACGCCAUUUACGCCGUCCAGGUCAUCUCGGAUCAUCACAGUGACAGCCCCUCGGGUCCGGGUUCGAAAGGCACCGUGAGCCACUCCACCUUUAUGGUGCCCCUGGGCCAUCACUCCUCCGAAGUUCAGAUGCAUCAGCCGCUGGUCAACGUCCGGGUCCAUCAUCCGCCGGACGCCUCCGUGAAGGUCCACCGGAUCGACAGCCUCAGCUCGGAGGGGAGUGGGCCCGGGGGAGCCCACCAUCUCAUCCAGCACCCGGCUCCGAAACCGGCCUACACUCGUCCCCCCGCCCAGAAACCCCUAGGGCGCUGUUUUCAAGAGACGCUGCCCAAGCAGUCAUGUGGGAGCAACCCGCUUCCGGGUCUCACGAAGCAGGAAGAUUGCUGUGGCAGCAUCGGCACCUCUUGGGGCCAAACCAAGUGCCACAAAUGCCCCCAUCUGCAAUAUCUGGGCGUGCAAAAGACGAUGGGGAGUGAUUGUCCGCAGGGAUACAAGCGACUUAACAGCACUCACUGCCAGGACAUCAAUGAGUGUGCCAUGCAAGGCGUGUGCCAAGGAGGAGAGUGUUUGAACACCCAAGGAAGCUUCCGUUGCGCGUGUAAACCAGGGCAGGUUUUGGGACCUUCGCGCACCCACUGUGUGCCGGAGAAAGCCGGGGAGAGGAGCCUGUGUUUCCGUCUGGUGAGCCCUGAGCAGCAGUGCCAACAUCCGCUGUCAACCAAGCUGAGCCGGCAGACGUGUUGCUGCAGCGUGGGCAAAGCCUGGGGCGUCCAUUGCGAGCGAUGCCCGGCCGACGGAACGGCAGCGUUCAGAGAAAUCUGCCCUGCGGGGAGAGGCUACCACAUUCAGACCUUGCACCAAACUCUGACCAUCCAAGGAGAGAGUGAAUUCCUACUCCAGAUCCACCCAGACGCUACUAGUGACGUGCCACAACCACGCCCGGAGCCCCCCACCCCUCCCGCCCUGGGCAGCGAUUCCCAGGAAGCAGAAGCCGUUACUCCAGCGAUGUUACCCAAAGACACGACGAUUUCGGAAGAGCAGGGGGUAGUUUUCGGCAACACCCCGACUUUGGGUCCUCGGUACCCCGUGGUGAUCACCAAGCCGACCGUCGCAGUUGUGGUGAAGUACCCCGAAGAAGACAGAAUGGAUGAAUUUUACAUGCCCCCAACUCAAGAGACCGAGGUGGACAUCUGCAAAUUAAACCACAACAUCUGCAGCCAUGGUGAGUGCAUCCCGACCCGGACCGGAUUCACCUGUCAGUGUUACCAAGGUUACCGGUGGCAUCCUCAGCACAGGUAUUGUGUAGAUGUAAACGAGUGUGAAUUGGAGCUGUGUGGCCAUGGGAAAGGCGUGUGCAUGAACACCGGCGGGUCGUACAAUUGCCACUGCAACCGAGGCUACCAGCUGAAGGUGCAGAAGGGGAUCCGAUCCUGCUCAGACAUUGAUGAAUGCGCCCGGCCCAACAUCUGCGGAGACGGCGGUUCUUGCAUCAACUUCCCAGGACACUACAAAUGUGACUGCCAUGCGGGCUAUCGGCUGAAGCCCUCCCGGCAGCCGUUGUGUGAGGAUAUCGAUGAAUGUCUUGACCCCGGAACUUGCCCUGAUGGGAGAUGCGAAAAUAAACCUGGGAGUUAUAAAUGUAUCCCCUGCCAGCCAGGCUUCCGGGCCCAAAACGGCAUAUGUUACGAUGUGGACGAAUGCGCCGAGGAUGCUGCCUGCAAACACGGCUGGUGCGAGAACAUGGCCGGCUCCUUCCGCUGCUCCUGCGGUGAAGGCUUCGUGCCUGCCGCUGAUUUCCGCAGCUGCGUUGAUGUCAACGAGUGCCAGAACGGUUCAUUGUGCACCCAUGGGGUUUGUGUAAACACACUGGGGUCCUUCAAGUGCCAGUGUCCGGUGGGUUUCCAGGCAGUGAAGGAUGGGCCUCGCUGCAAAGAUGUGAACGAAUGCGAGUUCCCUGCUGCCUGCAUCGGGGGCGAGUGUGUCAACACGGUGGGGUCUUACCAGUGUCUUUGCCGGGCGGGAUACCAGCUGGAGAGGAAUCGAAAAUGCCAAGACAUCGACGAGUGUGCAAGAGAUCCUGACCUCUGCCAGCCCCACGGGGUGUGCGAGAACACCGAGGGCUCCUUCGUGUGUGUGUGUGACGAGGGAUUCACGUUGGCCAAAGACCAGCAGAGUUGUGAAGAGUUGCCUCACCACAAAAAAGAGUGUUACCUGAACUUCGAUGACAGCGUGUUUUGCGACAGCGUACUCGCCACCAACGUGACUCGCCAGGAGUGCUGCUGCUCACUCGGGGCCGGCUGGGGAGAUCACUGUGAGAUCUAUCCAUGUCCCGUUCUCAACUCGAUUGAGUUCCACACUCUAUGCCCGGACGGCAAAGGGUUCAUCCUGGAUGAGACGAUCCUGAAUUACGGCAUCCCGACGCAUCGAGAUGUGGACGAGUGUUUGGACGAGUCAAACUGUGUGAAUGGACGCUGCGAGAACACUCGGGGUAGCUUCCGCUGUGCCUGCCCGGCCUCAACCACGUACGAUCCUGCCCAGAAGAAGUGCGUCCCAGCCAGCAAAACUGACAAAGUGACCGAUCGACGAGAUGUCUGCUGGCAACUCCGGGGCGAGGACGGGAUGUGUUCAUCACCCUUUGGGGGCCAACAGUUGACGUACGAGGAGUGCUGCUGCCACCAUGGCAAAGGGUGGGGCUACCACUGCCACGCCUGCCCGCCACGCAGCCCAGGUUUCAACUGCCAGUCUGCUCCAAGCGAAAGCAAUUCCUUCUGGGACUUCAGUACCCCUUUCGGGGAGGUGCAUAAAGAUGCCGACAGCUCGGAAGAGGAUUCGGACGAAUGCCGCUGCCUGCACGGGCGCUGCGUCCGCACCCAGCAGGGUUCUGUGUGCGAAUGUCCCACAGGCUUCCAGCUGGACAGCACUCGCACCCGCUGCCUGGAUAUUGACGAGUGCCAGGAGCUAAACCAACGGGGACGUCUUUGCAAAAGCGAACGCUGCGUGAACACCAGCGGUUCCUUCUUCUGUUCCUGCAAGGCGGGCUACACGCGGUCCUGGCCGCGCGGAAUCUGCAUGCCUCAGCGAUAGCGUGUCGUACCGACCACGGCAUGGAAAGACGGGGGACGUGGCCAACCACGAAUGCCCCACGAAUGGCCGUGGUGAGCACCUUCUCGCUGUCCGCCGUUGGAAACUGGAUCCUGGGCUGGGAGCAAUAUUUUUUUAGUCUUAAAUUCAGCAAGGCAGUUUAUUAAGGACCUUUUUUUUAAAAAAAAAGUUGUUCCAGCUACUAUGAGGGGCAUUGAUUUUUGCUAUAGAUUUUAUACCUAUUCGCGUUUCUGUUCCUUUAACCCGCUGGAUUGUUAGGGUUUUGAUAUUUUUUUUUAAAAAAAAAAAUAGUUUGCACUUGUUUCUAUAGGAUUCAGAAAUAAAAAGAAACAUUUUUUGUACAUAACAGACAUUGGUGGAAGGAAAAUAAAAGACGGAAACUUCAAAAUUAAUCUGCUAAUU